GAUUAAUCGCGGCGGCGGGCUCCCAGAGGACCGUCUAAUGCACCUCUCUCGCUAGUCGCUCCGCGUUAGGGUUUCUUCUCGCUCUCUCAUGGCGCUCGAUUUCUGAUGCUUUAGAGCUCGAUUCAGGGCUUGUUCUUCACUGUUCUACUACGCCUGGAGUCCACCGUUGGGUUAAUCAUUCAAUUCCUAGCACUUUGUUUCUCUCUGUGUUGAUAUUGCGAUGGCCUCCAUUGUCAAUGUGGUCAAGAUCAAUAGCGGUCUCGCCAAUCGGUACUUCAUCGCCGGCAAUGCGCGAGAAGGACCAGUGGCCGGCCACGAAGAAACUGCUAAUGGACAUGGAUUUGGCCACCGAUUUGGUGAAUCUAGGGUUUUCAUGGAACUCGAUUCGUUGGAGCUCAACGAGGAGGCCGAUGGCGUGGUCUUAGAACGUGAAGAAGCAGGCUUAUCUGGAUCUCCCAUGGACGCUCACGGGAGUGAGGUAGUAAUAGGUUCAGAAAUUAAGGUUUGGGAGUACGAUAAUCUUUCUGACGCGGCCGGGUCUUGUGAUGGGGUUAGGGAUCUCCACGGGAUAGUUGGAAACUGGAGGAACAGGUUCGAAGUGGGUGACAUGGUGUGGGGGAAGGUGAAAUCACACCCAUGGUGGCCUGGCCAGAUAUUCAGUGAGGCUUUUGCUUUGUCUUCAGUACGGAGGACAAAAAGAGACGGUCAUCUAUUGGUCGCCUUCUUUGGGGAUAGCAGCUACGGAUGGUUUGACCCUUCUGAGCUCAUCCCUUUUGAUCCCUACUACGAGGAGAAAUCUAAGCAGACCACCUUGCGGCCUUUUGUCAAUGCGGUGGAAGAGGCAACGGACGAGAGAAGCAGGAGGGAGGCUCUUGCUCUGACUUGCUAUUGUAGGAACAAAUUCAACUUCAGGCCUGCACGUGUCCUAAGUUACUUUCAUGUUGACGUUCCAGGAUUUGAACGAGGGGGUAUUUACUCAUCAAAUCAGAUAGAAGAAGCCAGGAACAAGUUUGUACCUGACCAGGUGCUCUCCUAUGUGAAGCAGAUGGCUGCAUGCCCUUUGGCAGAUGAUCUUUCCGCUAUAAAUUUGGUUAAGAAAUUGGAAAUGUUGGUUGCUUACCGGCGGGCGGUCUUCGAGGAGUUCGACGAGACAUAUGCACAAGCAUUUGGGGUGGAGCCAGUAGGGUCGUCUUCACUGACUAGGGCUGUGUCAGAUCAUCCAGAAAGAUUUUCUCCCCGAGCACCUCUUAGCGGUCAACUGGUUAUUCCUGAGCACCGCCGCCACCCGAGAAGGUCCUCCCAUGCCCUCCUCCCUCACAAGCUCUCGUCGGCCAAGGACAAAUACGUGCUUAAGCGGAGGGAUCCGCAGCUUCUCUUCUCCGGCGCCACCGUCACUAGCUCGUCCAAGCUUACGCCACUGGACUUCCCCUCUCCUAUCCAACCCUUCAGCAGCUUCCACAACAUCUUCCCCAUCGCCCCACAGCCGCUCCCUCCCCGCCCGACAACUGCAGGGCAGGAUGCCUCCGCUUCUGGAGACUACGUGCUUCAGAAGAGACCUCCUGCUGAUUUCGCUGACGACAAGCCACCGCGGCAAGUCUCUCCUGCCCCUCUUGCAAAGGUGCGAGUGUCGGAGCAGAAACCUUCGCCGUCGGCGGUGGAUGUUCCCGUUGCUACUGCUCCUCGAACGGAUCCUCCUGUGCUCGGCGCAGUUGCUGAUGCUAAAGAUGGGGCUGCGUUAGCUCGGCCAUCGGACGCAUGGAAGCCGGGGGGUGUCGUCGUUUCCUGGGGAAUCCCAACGAAGAAGAAGAUCAAAAAGCGCCCGCGUGAAGAUGGUGGCGUCUCCAUGCUUGAUGCCGCCGGUGAAAUCGUGCAAAAGAAGAAGGAGAGCAAAGAACGGAGCAAUGAUGGGAAGUCGGCCUCCACUUUUGUUAGCGUCGGGCCCGAGCAGCCGAAGCUAGCUGAGCCCUUUCCGUCUGCUCCUCGUCCUCGGCAGGUCUCUGAUCUGGUAGGCAACCUGCGAGAGCUUGCGCUUGAUCCGUACUAUGGCUCGGACCGAGACGUCCCAGCGGCCGUGCUCCAUGCCUUCCUCAAGUUCCGGUCGCUGGUGUAUAAAAAAAGCUUUGUCCUUCCGUCGCCCGCCGAGGCAGAAGCCGCUAAGGUCCAACCUGCCAAACCUCCACGACUGCUGCCGGAGGCUAUUGCUGAAUCCUCCAAGAUUGCUCCGGCGAAGCCAGCCAAAGUGGGCAAGGUGCCACCUGUCGUCACCAAGCCACCUAAGCCCGGUUUUAGAUCCAAUGACCCUUCAAUCGCCGGACGGAAACGUACCGCAUCUGAUCGCCUGGAGGAAAUGAACGUGAAGAAGCAGAAGAAGAUGGACAUGGUCAAGACUCUGGUCGGUGAAAAGAAGGCGGUCAUCAGCCAGAAAGGACCCGUCGGGCAGAAGGAAGCCGGCACUUCAUCAACGGUGGUCGCUGCUUCUUUAUCAACAACAUCGCCCCCUGCUGCGUCGGCGAAGCCUUGCAACGCCAAGGCAGCGGAACCCGUCAAGAAUCCAGAACUUCGCCUGUCCUCUCCGACCGCUCUCGUGAUGAAGUUUCCACCACAGACGACGCUGCCGUCCAUCGCCACAUUGAAGGCAAGAUUCGCCCGGUUCGGACCCCUCGAGCUCUCCAGCUUCCGCGUGUACUGGCAAUCCUACACCUGCAAAGUGGUCUACAAGUUCAAGCCCGACGCAGAGGCCGCGCUCCAAUACGCGCGGGAAAACAAGAUGUUUGGCCAGCUGAAGGUUUAUUUCCAUCUGCGCGACUCCGACACGCAGGCGCCGGAGCCGUUCGCUGAAGCCGGCUGGCAGACACAGGAAUCCCGCCCCGUCGAAGGUGCUCAGUUGGGACCGGGAAACAGCGCGAGCAGCAGAAUCACCUCCUCGAGGCCGCUAAUCAAUUCCAACCAGAAGCCAAGUGGGCGGCUCAAAUCCAUUCUGAAGAAACCCGGCGAAGAUGCUGCUCCGAGCAGCGGCAGAGAGGCGGCGCGUGUAAAAUUCAUGUUAGACAACGUCAACGGAAAGCCAGAGCGGCCGCCAUCACCUCCUCCAGAGCUUGUCAUCAGUAAGACCACAGAGCCCCCUACUAACCCCCCACCACCGCUUCCCUCUCGCCCGCUCUUUAGAACCAUUGACACUGCUUCAUUUCCACCACCACCACCAUUGGCAGCUCCAUUACAGCGACUGGCCAACAACCGGGUGGUUCCACCGCCACCCUUCUCCCAUGGUAGUGCGGAGGGAAGAACAAUCGUGAACAAGGACUUGGCGAAGCAGAUGGUGAGCCUUAUGGUUAGGUGCAGCGAGAUAGUGAACAGUGUGAAGUCAUUGCCAGGGUACGCUCCUUACCGCCCGCUGUAGAAGGGAGAAGCGCGUUAUCGCGGUGUCAUUUUGACAAAGACAUUGUCAUUUGCUUCUGGAUCAUUUUGAUGCUCAGAUUGUGUUGUAACAGGAUUAGAAAUUAGAACUCAUGCUGUUUGUUUGAUGAUUUGCUCCUGGAAUUAUUAAAAAGAAGUUCAACUUGAUUUUCAAAA